AUGACACGGAUGACCCUCAGGGGAGCCUCGCCUGCUUUGAAAUGCAGAGCCUUCCACUUAACCCUGGGCGGAGUUGCUGAAGUAUGGUAUAACAGACUUCCUCCCCUGAGCAUUAGGAGUUGGCCAGAUUUGAAGAAGUCAUUCUUAAACCAAUACCUCUCACACAGGAAAGGAGAGGCCCCAAUGCAACGCCUGCAAGAUAUGAGGCAGACCCCUGGAGAGACGUUGAAAAGCUAUCUCACCCGAUUUACAGACGAAAUCACAUACUGCGAACAGGUUACUGAUAGGGAAGCCCUUUCAGCUCUAAAAGGCGGUCUCAACAUGAACACAUUGUUCUGGAGAGACGUGCGCAGCAAGCAUCCUGCCACCUAUGAUGCACUGGUAGAAAUGAUGAGAGUGGAAAUCGUCAGUAGGGAAAUGAUUGAUCAUCGAAAUCGUGCCGCACAGGGACUCCCUCCGCCUCAGAGGCAGGUAGGUCGAGGACCCACAACGCACCUCGUCACUCAGCAGUGGACUCAAGUAGGUCAUACAGUAGCUCCCACCUCCGGACAGGCACUGGCUUCCGCCACAUUAAAUGCAGUGCCGGUAUUGACAUAUGAGAAUGCUCCUGGCGAAGCAGGACCAUCCGGAAGAGCUGAUAGUAAGAAGAAGAAGAAGAAAUGGUCAAACAGGCCCUUGGAAAGGGCAAUGUUUUGCACUUUCCACCAACUCUAUGGACAUGACACUAGUGAGUGUCGAGACGCUAAUCGACGCCCUGAUCGAAGCAAUCCACAUCCUUCCAACAGGAGCGAAUAUCCUCGCAGAUCCGCCUCCCCGAACAGGAGAGAGAGAAGGCAUAGAGAGCAAUCGCCUCGAAGAAGAUAA